AUGAGCGACAUGGAGAUCAUACCAAUACAAAGCUUGUCACUGGACAAUGCACCGGAUGAAGGCACAUCAAUACGCGGAAUCGUGACGCUUUCAUGGCCAUACUCUUCUUCAACGCGACAAUGUGCUCUCCUGAUAGCGGAUCUGGACUUUCGAUUGCGAGCGAAGAAAGGUCAGGUGCGCGUCAGGUUCACAGCAGCAAGCGCAGAAGCGAUUGCAAAGGCCCACAUUGGCAUUGGCGAUGAGGUCGUGCUGCAAUUGCAAGGCGCGAAAUGGGCACAGGAUAUCGAGGUAACGCGCACACCGGGCAGAAGUGUAGACGGGGAGUUGCUGUACCGGAAUAGGCUAGGCCUCACACUCGCUAAGGCAGACGGAAGUAUCGAAAUUGAUAUCAAUGCGACCACGCCUCCGCGCGUUACCGAGCAGCUGGAGAACGUGAUUACGGCGACACCAUUGCGACGCACCGUGCAGACUGUACGUUCGAGCUUCAACGGUUCCCUAGACAGUCCACCAACCUAUAGCUCUCCACCUUUUGCUCAACGGCAGCGCCUGUCUAGCAACACCUUUCUCGGUUCUGGUUACGACCCUUUCUUUGACGUCGAUCUAGACGUUGAGCACCCUGCUAAACGGCAAAGGACGUCCUUUGGAACUAUCGGACAGUGGCGAUACGCGGAAGGCUCGCCAUCCCCAGAAGAAUCUUUGUUUGAUGGCGAUGUGACUGGCGAGGUUAUUAGAGGCAACGACGAAAUGCUCGAAGUUGCUCAAGAUACACUCGGCGAGGCUCGAAUAAUCCUCGUACAUGCUCCUGGAGUUGCUGAAGUUGUGCAACCAGAAGAUGCCAUGCAAAUCGACAGCGUAAGCUUGCUAGACCAGGCCACAGCCUUGAAUUCAGACGUGUCGUUGUUGCCUGAUAUAUCACCAACCUCAGUAAUACCCGACAUACUACCUAUCACAAUACCUGCGCUACAGCCCUCUGAGCUACAUGCAUCUCACCUAAAACUGUCAAUACCUGGUCCGCAUAUCACGUCGGCCGAGGAAGAAGUCGCGCCUUCGACUCCUCUGCUGCAAGCUGUGCCAAACUCUGCACUGCCAAACCCUUCACCAUUUGCUAGUAAGACUACGCUCACUCACGCUGCCCGAACUGAUGAUGACUCUGCUCCAACAGAAGAGAUCGUCAGCACGGUCACAUCGCCAGUCGGAUUCUCACAACCAGGCAAACAGGACGAAGGUAGCACGAUAGUUGAGGGAGCUGCGGACCUCAUCAUCAAUGGUCUCGAGCCGGGAAAGUCGGGUGCUCUGCAAGAAGCUAUUUCCGACGCAGCUGAAAGUGGUGGACAGGCUGCAGCUUCUAUUACGACUGUCGCUCGCGAUGACCUCUUUGCUGCUCCAUCAACACCCAUCAAGCUUCCUGGUCAGGCAUUCGGCUUUGACGGCUCAUCUUCAGCAAAGUCCGAAGCUCGUAUUACGCCGCAAUCUGAGCGCGAGCGAGUCAUGGCGCAGACCUUUAGGAGCUUAUUCGGGUUUGCGAAAGCACCUAUGGAGCAGACCAAGGCUGCUCAGCGGUCCCCAAGUCCCGCACCCCAAGUCCAAGGGCCCAAGGGUGUAUCUGUUGACGGACAUGACUUCAAUCCUGGAUCUGUGAGUCUAAUAAGCACACGCAGCAAGCAUAGUCUGUCGCAGUCGCCGCUACCGCUCGAUCAUAAUGCUUCCGCGCAAACGAGAGGCAUUACCGGUGCAGAUGCGGAGAUGUUCCAAGCAGCUGCGACAGAAGCAUCGGCCAGCCAGGUCCAGCGUGGUGUCCCGAUUGACUCCAUUUCGGACUUCACUCAAGACCUCUCGCAAGAUCUAGCAAAACAUGGUGCACGUGGUCUUGACGAUAGCAUGGUUGCAGACACAGCUUCAAGCGCCCCAGAAGUAAUCGAUCUUCUCUCAAGCUCAGACAUUGAGGGACAGGUAGGGGACGAGGAAGAACAUGUGGCAGAGGAUGAGCAGGUAGAAGACGAAGAGAUCGAAGACGGGCAAGCAGAUGACGGUCGUUAUGUUGAAACGUACAAGAGAAAGCUUGACCCCAAGCUGGGACACUUGGAGGCACUAGCUGACUUUACUGAAGCGGACGACUCGGUCCUGAGCGAUCGAGACGAAGCGACGACAUACGAGACGAACGAGCUCUCUACGCAGCAGGAUUACAUGGCUGCCACACAGCACGAGGAUGGCACUAUUCAGAGUCCUUUCAUACCAGAUUCUUAUGAAGAUGAUCAGAUAGACAGCUCGUCGCAACAAGCUUCUGAUGCAAGGCUUCCCGCUCGAACGUCUCACUUUGCGGACAAGUCAGUCACACAAUCUGCGUCACGCAGCGAUGUAUACAGUGAGCGGCCGCUGGGGGAAGCUCUUCAAAGCAUGGAAGGUGGAGAGUCCUUGGGGGCUACAGAUCACAGUCUCUCCUCCGAUGAUGAUAUUGAGCAACGGAGAUCUAAUUUGAAGUCUCCACCACCGCAGUCGGUAGAUCAGGAAGAUUUGCAAGAUCUAGACGAGCUUGGAGCCGUGUCUCCUGGGAGCCCGGCUCGCGACGAUAUGUCACAAUGGCCACCAGUCGCCAGCUCACAUCCGACAGAAAUCGUUGAGCUUGCCUCGUCCUCACCGGUUCCACUGAUGGACACCGACCACAUCGCUGAUGGUGUCAACGAGACGACUGGAAUGUCUGCCACCAAUGUCGCUCAAAGCCCUGCCUUUGACGACUUGAUGGUGAUCGAUGCCGGCGGUGAUCCCGCACCGAAACUAUAUGACGUACAUACACCUCGCCGGUUCUCUGUGGAGUUUCAAGUGAGCGAAUUCGCAUCGCAAGCUGAAAUCAGAUCCAAAACGUUCGAGUAUGACGAUGUGGAGCAAACAACACUCCCGAAGAUUGAUGAGUAUCAGGCUAUUGAGUUCCGUCGGGCACCGCCAGCUGUGUCAGAUGACGGGGAUCAGAUUGUAGUGCAGUCCUCUUCGCCUCCAGUCGAUGAUACUCUGCCACGUCACGGCAGUCUUCAUGAAGCAACGGCCACCUUCGAGGAGUUGGCGAUUCCAGCGAAUCAAGAUCAAAUCGGAUCAUCCUCAUCAAUACCGCAAGUGAACGAGCUUCUAGACGAGCAUGACGCCCAUUCCAGCCCUAUCGAGCCAGCUCAAGGCCUGCAACUGCCUACUCAGGUACAUCGACCUGUACAAUAUUCGUCACUGCCUCCUACACCGAUAGAGUCACAAUCUCGAACAGACCACGACUUUUCGUCUACUGUCGACGACGUGCAGCGGAGACUACAAAGCAGCGCUCUACCACAUACGCCGCAGCUCACUCAGAAGGAAUCGGAUCUGCAAGUGUACGAACAGCCAACUAAUAUCCAGGACUCGGACAUACCUUCGUUGAUGGACGAACAUACGUUGGCGGAGCAGGAAGUGCAUGAGAUGCAGAUCGAAGAAGUUGAGACCAUUGCUCUAGAUGUAGGACUGCAUGGCGAUGCACCAAAGGGCGACCUAAUGGAUCUAGAUGUGAGCAAUGGGCUCGGAAUCGGCCAGUCCGUGGACAAGGCCUUGCUAGGAGGCAGUGAUCAAGGCAUCGAGGAUGACGUAAGCCUUGUUGAGCCGGAAGCUCAGACACCGGAGAUUCAAGGGCCCGCAGAGGCUUCAUUGCACGAGGCUCGCGAUGAUCCGCUGAGCGGCGGCGUGGUCGACAAGGAGGAGCACUUGGAAGGUACUGAGGCCAACUGCGUACCUACAGAGCUUCAGCUCCUACCGAAAGAUACGCACGCACCUGCCGAGCUACGCGAGAGGAAGACGACUGCCCGGAAGUCGUUGAAGAGUCGCUUGAGCAACGUGCCCGACGUCAUCUCAGCAUGGUUCUCGCCAAAGGGAUCUGGUAAUGGGGGUUUAGCGGGGACGACGACAGCGACCUCAGUGGCCAAACGGGCGAGCAAGCAAGCUCCGGGUCACGAUGUACAUGAUUUGACGAAGGACCAUCAGGCUGGAACCGAGCACACUGGAUCGUCGCACACAAGUGAUGGCGUGCUUACCACCAUGGCCUAUUUUACUUCUCUGUCGGAUCUGCAUCGGAAGCUAAAUAUGUCUAGCCAAGACUUCCACGGGGCCAACACUGUCGAUGUCCUUGCUGUCGCAGCGGAUAGCACUAAGGCGCCGGAACGAGCGAAAGGUGGACCUCGAGACUACUACACGAUCUUUCGUGUCAUGGACACAUCUCUAGACUCAAACACAGCUGUGAGGGUUGAGGUAUUCCGCCCUUGGAAGGCCGUACUGCCCGUUGCUGAGGUCGGCGAUGUGAUCCUAUUGCGAUCGUUCACCAUUAAGUCCAGAAAGCGGCAGCCUUAUCUCCUUUCUACGGAUGCAAGUGCCUGGUGCGUCUGGCGGUACGCAGAAGGUCACAAAGAGAUGGGCGAGGAUACACGACCUGUGUGGGCUCAUAAACAUUCCGAGAGCCACACCGGCGAAGUGCGCGAGGAGAUCAAAGGUCCUCCAGUCGAGCUUGGAGCAGAAGAACGCCGGCAUGCGGAUGCUCUGCGCAAUUGGUGGAUGACAGCUCAUGCAAACGGACGUGGCAAUGAUUCACACGAUGUAGAGGAUGAGCGUACGCAUGAAGGUCUCACAGGAGAGGUAGCAAAGCUAUAG